AUGGAAUCACCAAAUCCCAUUGAGGAAUUGCAUCAACCCUUGUUAAAAAAACUAUUGUGUUAUCCAUUGUAUGCAAUCUUCCCAAUUCUCCUAAUUCACUUUUAUUUAGAUCCCUUUUAUUCCUCUUCUCCCAAAAUUAUCAUUCAAACCCCCCCUUUAGCAACCCCUCCCCCACCCCCACCAUUCCCCCUAUGUGACUACACAGAGGGAGAAUGGGUCCCGGCCGAGGCAGCCCCACUCUACAACGGGUCCACUUGCGCCACAAUAAAAAACGGCCAGAACUGCAUGGCGUACGGCCGCCCCGACCGGGACUUCCUCUUCUGGAGGUGGCGCCCGCGCUACUGCGACCUCCCCUCAUUCCGCCCCUCCGCCUUCCUCGGCCUCGUCUCCAACAAGCACGUCGCCUUCAUCGGCGACUCCCUCGCUAGAAACCAGCUCGAGUCCCUCCUCUGCAUGACCGCCUCCGUCGCCGAGCCGCGCCUCGUCUACACUUCCGGCGAAGACAACAAGUUCCGGAGAUGGAUCAUCCCAUCCCACAACGCCACCUUCUCCAUCUACUGGUCUCCCUUUUUAGUGAAAGGGAUUGAGAAAUCCGCUGAGAGAAACUACAAUCAGCUUUUUCUCGAGUCGGCCAACGAGAUUUGGGCGAAGGAUUUGGAUGAUUUGGACAUUCUUAUAUUCUCCGCGGGGCAUUGGUUCUUACACCCCGCGGUUUAUUACCAAAACGGCGACGUUUUGGGGUGCCACUAUUGCGAGAAUCACACUGAAAUCGGAUUCUACGACGUUUUCGGGAAGGCUUUGAAGACGGCUUUCGAGAGUGUAAUCGAGAGAGGAAAAGGGAAACAGAUGGAUGUGAUAUUGACGACGUUUACGCCGGCGCAUUUUGAGGGGGAUUGGGAUAAGUUGGGGGCGUGUGCGAAAACGGCGCCGUAUAGGGAGGGGGAGAAGGUUCUAGAAGGGAUGAAUGAGGAGAUGAGGAGGGUUGGGGUGGAGAGGGUGGAGGAGGCUAGGGUUAGGGAUUCCAAGGUUAGGUUUAGGGUUUUGGAUGUGUCGAAGAUCGCGUUGCUAAGGCCCGACGGGCACCCUGGCCCGUAUAUGAACCCGAACCCGUUUGCGAACGGGGUGGGCGACCACGUGCAGAAUGAUUGUGUGCAUUGGUGCUUGCCUGGCCCUAUUGAUACGUGGAAUCAGAUUUUGUUAGAUUUUAUUUUACGAAAAUCGUGAUUUAUUUCUUUCUAUCUUAGUAAAUUUAUUUAAAUUUAGUUAUUUUAUUCAGUCAAUUUUUAUUUAGUCAAUUUUAGUGAGAGAGACUAAGGAUCAUGAUUUCUUUUGGUUAGGUUGUUUUUUUUGGUGAGGGUUAGGUUGUGUUUUAG